AUGUUUGGUGCUGGACGAGCUGACCCACGUAUCCAAGUAACCUUGCAGUAUGGAAAUAACCGAGAAAAUAUUGUUUUGAUCCGAUCUGAUGAACCAGAGAUAUUUGAAUCUUUACGUAAUCGUGCUCGAGCUCUAGUAAACAAAUAUGGAAACCAGAGUUCCGCUGAUAUCAUAAACCUUCAUCUGUUCCGACAUAAUUACAAUUCUCCAGUCAUGCUUCAGCAUAUCGCCUCCGUAUCUCAAUUAGAUAACGGAUGUGUUGUAGAAAUAAUUGUAGCUGAUAAGAACGAAGGACCAACUAAGCCUCAUGUUGUUGAGGGUAACACUUACCUUGUUCCAACAUUCUGUGAUUACUGCGGGGAGAUGUUGGCCGGCGUUAUCAAACAAGGAGUUCGUUGUUUACAUUGCCGAUGCAAUUUUCAUAAACGAUGCUAUAAUGCUCCAAGAAAUAACUGCGUUUCUAAUGCAGCUGUUCAUCCAUCAUCAUCGCAAGUAGGCCUGGGUUCUGCUGAGUUAGCCAAAACAUCAUCUGGCGGAUUACCUCACACUUUAGCUGAACAUAAUUAUAAGAAUUUUACUUUAUGUAAAAUAUGUAACAACCUGUUGGUUGGAAUCGUCAAGCAGGGUCUGAAAUGCCGUGAUUGCGGAGUCAAUGUACAUAAAAAAUGUGCCAAAGAAUUGCUGAACAACUGUACGUUGGCCGACCACUCCAUAUCACGAAUGAGUAUCGCAGACACUCAGGGGUCGAUUCCUAAAACUGAUUCAUUGGAGCAUGCUAUGGAAGAUGAUUCGUGUACGAAUGAUAAUAUACCGCUUUUCCGACUCCCAGGACAAGCAUCUUCAAGAGCAACGAGCCAACCAAAAGUGGAGGGAUGGAUGAUUCAUUUUGAAUUAUCAGAUCCCGAACGUCGUUUGAAACAUUAUUGGAUUCUUGCUGAUAAUUCUAUCAACAUGUAUCAUGAAUACAACGAAGGCGUUGGAGUUAAUCCGAGCAGAUCAUAUAGAAUUAUUCCUUUACACGAGAUUUUGGCAAUAACUGAGCACACAGGUCCGCCAAUCUUAUCAAAAUAUCCUCCUCACUGCUUUGAGAUAAGAACUACUUCCAAUCAAGUCUUCUGUGUGGGGGAAAACUUACAUGCAUAUUCCACUGAGCCUCCGAAAAAGCUUCCACGCUAUUUGAGCAUAAGACCGCCCAGUAACACACAACUAUGGUUUCAAGCCUUGAAGGAAGCUCUACAACCUCCUGUUUCAUACAACGAUCCACCAAAUAUGGAACCAGCACUUGAUUUUUCUGCGCUAUAUCAGGUUCUCAGCGAGCGGCCAUUAGGUUCCGGCCAAUUUGGUACUGUUUAUAGCGCAGUUCACCGAAGUUCAGGGAAAGAAGUAGCUGUGAAAGUAAUAUCAAAAGAACGUUUCGCCAAAAAAGGAUCUGGAGUUGAUUCAAUGAGAACUGAAGUAGCUAUACUUCAACGUACCUGUCAUGCUGGUAUAGUGCGUCUCGAAUUCAUGUGCGAAACAAAAGACAAAAUAUUUGUCGUAAUGGAGAAGCUUAGCGGAGAUAUGCUAGAAAUGAUUUUGAGUCAGGCGACGGGUAGACUUAAUGAAAGAAUCACGAAAUUCCUUAUUGUACAGAUAUUGUCAGCUUUGAAAUAUUUGCAUGACCAGGGCAUAGCUCACUGUGAUUUGAAACCUGAAAACGUCCUAUUAUCUGAAAUUAAUACAAGUUUUCCACAGACAAAAAUUUGCGAUUUUGGAUACGCCAGAUUCAUUCCAGAAGCACAGUUUCGAAAAACAAUAGUGGGAACACCAGCUUAUCUUCCACCUGAAGUCUUACAGAAAAGAGGCUAUAACAAGUCGCUUGAUAUGUGGUCUGUAGGAGUUAUUAUUUAUGUGACUUUAUCCGGGACAUUCCCGUUCAAUGAAGGAGAUGAAAUUGCUUCUCAAAUACAGAAUGCGGAUUUUAUGUUCCCAACUGAUCCUUGGAACGAUAUAUCUCCACUAGCUAUUGAUUUGAUCCAGCGCUUGCUCAGAGUUGAACUCGACUUACGCUUGACAAUAGAACAAUGCUUAGCUCACUCCUGGCUCAAAGGAGAACAACUAUAUACGGACUUGCGAACAUUGGAAGCGCGACUGGAUUGUGCGAGGUAUUUGACUUCGCCAGCCGACGACUUAAUCUAUGCAGAUAUACUCGCAAAGAAAAGCCAAUCAGUAUCUCAACGGUGA